GUGUAACAUUAGCUGCUGCCAACAUUUAAAAAGAGGUAUGUGGCAGUUUCUAAGCAACACUCUGCCGCGGUCAAACAAACGUGCGUCAUUUCCUACAGACAAAGACUCCAGAGCGCGUCCCCUUCUGCGCCCUCUUCCAGCUGCGCUCACAGAGACCUUGGUCGCAGAAAGGAGCACAUUCUGAUGGAGCUUCUGUUUUCGUAGAAAUGCUCAUUAUUAGAAAGGGGUGUGUUAAGUAGGGCUUUUUCAGAUUCGCCUAACCUAGGCAGCUUUUGGCUGAGUUUGACUUAGGUAACUCGUCGUCUCACCGAACAAUCUGAGUCGAGGAGGUGCGUCCCCUUCAGAACCCCGGUGCUGCUCCUGUUGAGCAUGGAUUAGAGACAGGACGGGGGGUGCAGUUUGCCGUCUGUUUUCGGAGCCAGGAAACGUGGGGUGGGAAUAUGUGUUCGUUGGCGUGACAACGAAACGCAAAUCAGCGCCAUUACGCAUUGAUCACCGGUCACCUGUUGAUGCCUGACGCUCGGGGAGCUGUUUAACUUUGUUGGUGGAAGAUGUGAGGUGAAGGGUGCUGGACCAAAUGCCCGAUCCGUCCACUGCACUGCCUGGCGCACUGUUUCUCCGUUAUGCGGUAGGAUGAGCGCUGAUCUGGAGCGCGCUUCGCCAAACACAUCGGUGAACUCGGACGGCUUAGGGGGCCGUGCGCUCUCGGCAAAUGUCCGGAGGCUUCACAACAACCUCAACCUGCUCCUAAGUGACCUGGAGAGAGAGCAGUUCAUUCAUUGUCUAAAUGUCUAUCACGCCAAACGCAACGUCUUCGACCUGGUCCAAACUCUCAAAGUGAUUCUCAGCACGCCCGGGAAGCGACAGCUGCUGCCCAUGCUGCGCCUGGUCAUCCCGAGGUCCGACCAGCUCCUCUUUGACCAGUACACGUCCGAGGGGCUCUACCUGAAGACAGACGAGGGCGACUCAACUCUGCAAACAUAUGUCAGCUCAAUCUGCGAGCAGCCCCUCGCUCUGGGCUGUCCGGAACCGACUACUUCCAUGAGCCCUAUGUUCACAGAGGGCCUCUUUGGAGGGGUGCGCCAAGUCACCCUGACGCGCACCAGGAGCCACGAGGGUCUGGGCUUCAGUAUCCGCGGGGGCUCGGAGCACGGCGUGGGGAUCUACGUGUCCCUGGUGGAGCCGGGCUCUUCGGCCGAGAGAGAAGGACUGAGGGUCGGGGACCAGAUAGUAGCAGCGAACGACUCGGUGUUUGACGCUGUCACUCACACAGAGGCGGUGAAGGUGCUGAAGGGAUGCAAGAAGCUGACCAUGUCAUUGUGUUCAAUGGGUCACAUCCCAGGAGGGUAUAUGACCAACAAAGUGUACAGCUGGGUGGACCCUCAGGGUCGGAGUGUGUCUCCUCCUCCUGAUAGCCAAGAGGCCAACCUGAGGCAAGGGUACAGCAUGGAGGAGAGGACGGUCAUGCUGAACAUGGAUGAUGGUCGCUCUCUGGGUCUAAUGAUAAGGGGUGGAGCUGAGUAUGGACUAGGGAUCUACAUCACAGGAGUGGACCCUGGAUCUGCAGCACAUGUUGGUGAACUAAAGGUGGGUGACCAAAUCCUAGAGGUGAAUGAUCAGAGCUUUGUCACCAUCUCCCAUGACGAGGCGGUUAGCAUCCUCAAGUUAGGGCACCACCUACUGAUGAAAGUGAGGAAUGUGGGGCGUCUGCCUCAUGCACGCACAAUUGUGGAUGAGACCAAAUGGAUGUGUGGUCAGGUGAUAGCUGAGACUAAUGCAACAGGUGCCAUAAAUUCUGUCUCAAAUCCCAGUGCCGGUGCUGGUGUUCAUGCAAACGUCAGUCCCAGUGGCAACAAUACAAGACCAUCUUCUGCCAGAGCUACGCCUGUAUUUGGAAAGUCGGCAGGGUACAGAGGGGUUUGCCCACCUGGUGCUCAGGUAUCUUUAGAACAACAGGCCUACAUGCUGCUGACGGAACAGGAGAGGCAGACCAUGGGCUACUACCUGCAGGAGUAUCAGCAAGGACACAUUAAUGUGGAACCAUUGACCAUGGCCCUCUUUGAGCUUUUCAACACCCAUGCAAAGUUGUCCAUGUUGUCUGAAGUCAGGAGUUUGGUGGCCCCUCAGGAUCUGGAGGUGUACGACAGGCUAGUGUUGCACCGUCAAAGAGAGGCUCAUCAGGCAUGGCAAGGAGGUCUAAGAGUGCUACAUCCAUCAGGCCAUUGUAACUAUGCAGCUCCUAUACAUGACGCAGGACAGACCACCAGUUCAAUGGAUGAAAUGAAGUCUCCUCCACCCAUCAGAGCUGCACCUAGCCAGACCCAGAACAUUCUAACCAGGGACAAAGAGCUCAGCCAGCAGCCUUCAGCCCUCUUAAUGCAGCCCUGUUCCAGUGUUCCCCUUUUUGGCCCAACUCGGCUGCUUCAAGAAUGCCUCCACAAGUCACUUAAAUCCCUCCCCAGCUGCCAAGAGUCCUCCUCAGUAUCUGCCCAGCAUGCAUGUGCUACAACAAAACAUCACACCUCUCUCAAUGCACUCCAACAUACCUGCCAGAGCACCCCUCAUCUUUCUGACUCCGAGCAAUACCCCCAUCCACACUUCACUCAGCAUGUUCACCAGCACGCUGGCCACUACAAUCGACCCAGUUCAGGACAUCACACCUGUCCAGGCUUCCUACAUAGUCGGGACUCCUCCAUAUCUGUUAAACCAGAAGCAGCGGUCAAACUGUCUUCUAGAUCAAGCUCCUAUGAAAAGUCAUCUGUUUUGUCAAAGUCUGCCUCAUCCUCCAAAGCAGCAUCUCCAAUGCCAUCGCCGCAUCUAUCACCACAUCCUUCCCCACAUGCUUCCCCAUGUCCCUCCCCAUGUCCCUCUCGCAUGAUACCUGCUGCUCUAUCUUGUAGUCCAGACCGGCUCUGCUCCCCUGCCCUCACCCACAAGAUCAUUGUAACAGAUAUGAACCGACUGUCUGCAGACUCAAGACAACAGCAACGAGGUGCCACCCUGUCUCAGCUGUCUGACAGUGGUCAAACUCUGAGUGAGGACAGUGGUGUGGACAUAGCGGAGGCAGGAGGCCUUAGUAAGGAUGGCAGCCCAAGACCAAGCAAGAAUAAGCAGGGCCAUCUGGAACAGCAAGGGGCCCAAGCGCCUCCUACAGGGGCCACAAGACAACAGACCAGCUCACCUAUUUCAGCACUCAACACUGUCCUUGUACGAGUGACGAAAAAUGCCAACACCUUGGGCAUUGCUAUAGAAGGAGGAGUGAGCACUCGGCAACCUCUGCCACACAUUGUGACCAUUCAGAAAGGAGGAUCGGCUCAUAACUGUGGCCGACUGAAGGUUGGUCAGAUCAUCCUGGAAGUCAAUGGAAUUUCCCUAAGAGGACGGGAGCACAAAGAGGCCGCCCGAAUCAUUGCUGAAGCCUUCAAGACAAAAGAGAAGGACCAUAUUGACUUCCUGGUUGCUGAGCCAGGGUUCUAGUUGAAAGACAAUCACUCUUUCUUUACCCUUUUAUUUAAAAAGACAAUAUUAUGCACCACUGAGAACUCUCAGUGAACACCUUCUAAUAAUUAUCCUUAUUUCAUUUCAGGGUUAUAGAUACCACAAUGAUGUGGUAGAUUUCUGCUAACUGCUCUCUUUAGAGAUUUGCACAAGCUAAAUAAACAAAAGGUUGUUAUAUUAAUAUUUCCCAAAUUGGACCUUGGUCAAAUGUUAUUACUUUAGUUUUAUAAAAAGACAUUUUUAACUGUGUUAGUGGUCUAUUCUCCUUUAGGGUAGUUAGGGGGAAAACAAAAAGUCAAAAAAUACCUUAGUACCAUUUUUUUUAUUUAGUUUGCAGGAAAAAAAAGUGUCCCACUGUGCACAUCCAGUUGUUUUAUUAUUUUAGAACUUUUCAACAAUGAAAGUUGAAGUUGAAGGGUUUGAUUCCGAUCGGACAUUUUAAACGAUUGCUCAAAAGUUUGGAAAUGACAUCUAUGGUUUGUAACUGUUUUAUGAAAUUCUAAUUUAGAUACAUGUUAUGUAAACUGUAAUGUAAAUUGUAAUGUAAUCUUU